UUGAGAACGGUUAAAUAAGCGGUGGUUGAUUAUGGAAGGAGAAUUUAAGUGACCCAGAGCCAUAGUGAGAGUAAAGGAACCUCAUUUCAGUGACAACGAGUGCAGAAAACCGAAGACUGUGACGUUAUUUUGCGAUUAUUCCAUUUUUUGUUUUGUUUGUUAAAUUUACCGAUUCACAAUGGAAAAACUAAUACUUUUCAUAGGAUUCUGUACCAUAGGUUUAAGCUUUGCCAUGCCAGCCAGUAAUGAACAAUUAGAUAAGGCAACCGUAAACGAUAUAGCCGUCAACACAGUAUCGGAAGAGAAGAAACCGGAAGUAGAGAUACAGCUGGGACAGCAAUCGCAACACAUUGUUCCUUCCACGGUGGAGAUCACCGGAAUCACUACAGGAGCUAAUCCAGCCCCCACACAUCCGGCAAAACAGUCAGAUCCUUCAAAUUUCAAGCCUCAGAGAACCGGUUCCAUGUUUGCCAGAUUCAUAGACGAUAUAUUUCAAAUUCCUAUUACAGUACUCCAGAGUGUAGCCAAAUUGAUAACAAAUCCAUUUACACAAUCCAAAAAGGAUCACUGAUCGCAGAAAACUUAGUUUUUGGAGCAUUGGAUAGCCUGUUAUAACUUUUAUAAAAAAAACAUCUUUUAUUGUAAAUAGUUUUUCUUGAGAUCAUACGAAUUUGGUAUACCUAUUGUAAAUUUUUAAUAAUAAGCUUUACUGAUGCUUUGUUAUUACGAAAGCAUUAUACAUCUAAGCUUUAUUAGAAGUACGAGUUAUAGGAUAUAUUUUUAUAAUUAUGAUUGUGAUAAUGAAUUAAUAAUCAUUUCAUUCAUAUUAGGUUUUUAAAAUAGAAUUACAAAAAUUGUAAUUAUUUAGUUUGUAAAAAGUAUUUAAAUUGUUGAAUUAGUUCUAAUAAAAUAAGUUGAAAGAACAAG